UUCUCGAACCACCUGUCACCGUAGUUCAGCAACCCCAUUGUCGAAUCUUGCACCCAGGCCUUUGCCAGAAGACAAUUUUGUUGAGCUUUCUGUCUGCUCAUUUUCCAUUUUUUGAAAAAUGGCAUCAGCGAAGGCAACAUUUACGAUCCUCUUGACUGUGGCGACGAUCGGCGUGAUAUCUUCACGAGAUAUACCCGAAUUCCUGCAUAUUUGUCAAACGCACGAUCCGCAUUACGAGACAUGUGUCACUGAGAGUAUAGAGUAUUUGAAACCAUAUCUUAAAACAGGUGUACCGGAAUAUAAUAUUCCAUCGUUGGAACCUCUCAUACUAAAAAAAAUAACGUUUAUACCAACAAGUAAUUUACGAUUAGAGGCAUCUGAUGUUGAGACAAAGGGUGCCAGUAACUUUAUAAUUAAAAAAGUGAAAAUCGACUUCAACACUUUGAUCGUCUUGGUAGAUGUGGAAUUGCCAAAUAUUCAAGUUGAAGGGACAUAUGGUAUGGAUGGCAAGUUACUGUUACUUCCGAUUCGUGGAUCCGGCCCGAUUCACGGCAAUUUCUCAAAUUGCAUAGGCGCCUGCAAAAUACAAAUUGAGAAAUACCUUGAGAAUGGCGAAGAGAAAAUGCGCAUCACGGACUUCAAAUUGAAAAUCUCAGUAGACAAGGGUAUAAUAAAGCUAGAUAAUUUAUUUGGUGGUGAACAAGUCCUUGGAGAUGUCAUCAAUUUGGCUAUCAACAACAAUUUCGAUCUCUUCCUGAAGGAGCUUUCGCCGCUUGUGGAAAAAGCAUUAUCUGACUCAUUCCAGAAUAUUGCUAGUAGUAUUAUUCAACAAUUUACAUUCGUCCAACUCUUCCCCGGUGCAUAGAUCAAUUGGUGGU